AUGAGUCAAUAUUCCGGAGGGCCUCCGCCUUACUACCCACCCCCGCCUGCCCCUCACUGGCCUCACCCCCCUCCACACCCAGGGGCGCAUCCUCCUCCACCGGGACCUUACGUUCCUCCUAAUCCACACCACCCGUACCCUUACUACGUUCCCGGGACUGUUAUGGUCCCAGUACCAGUGCCGAUGCCACCAAUGUCUGGAGCCCCGGAUCAAGGUCAGCCAACGUACAUAACCAAUUACAUUUACCACGGAGAAUCUUCUAAUGUGGAUCAAGUUAGCGUAGUCGACCAUCCUGGAGAGUACGAUUGGGUCGCGACCACCGCCACUACCGCGUCCUCGCUCACUGGUCGCGCCGUUGUUGGUGGACAUGAAGGCUGGGACGGAAGUCCCUUAUGGGUCAUCAGAGCUUGGCACAUGGGAGACAUGAUACCUGGAAAACUGUCCGUGAGGCACAACGCGGCCUCAAUUAUGUACAACGGUAAAGAGAUUCCCGUUCAAAAUAUUGAGGUUCUGUGCGCCAGACCGGAGGACCUGCGGUGGGUGUCAGCGUCUAACGGCAGCGUACCUCCUGGAGCAGUGCUCGGAGGAAGAACGGCGUCAGGAGAGACCUUGUAUGUUGGCAGGGCAAGGUACCAGCUAUCCGUGACCCCCGGUAAAGUGCACCCAAGUCACAAGACGUGUUACAUCGGCUUUGGCGGCACAGAAGUUGCGCUUAAAAUGUAUGACGUUUUGUGCAGAGUCAGUUAA